UAUCAUUCAACCACUCGUCUACCACUAAGUUACGAGAUAGUUACAACAGCAACCCCAUUUUGGCAAGCAUGUUGUUUAUUGUGUUUCUGGUGGCUUUCGCCUGUGGAGUCUGCUGCAAUGAAAAUCUGCCAACUCAGCUUCUAUUGCAGCUGAAGGACAAACGCGGCAUCAACGACAACUUGAUAACUUUCCCGUCGGGAUCUUCUUCCUCCUAUUCGUCUCCCGUUUCGGGCUUGAGUUCCGGUUACGAGCUAGGUGGAUCGUCCGGUGGCUUCUCCCUAGGACACGGCGGUUUGCUCAAUUCGGGCGGCUCCGUCGGCCAUGGAAUCGGAUAUGCCUUAGCGCCGUCCAGCGGUCUCAGUCUUGGAUCCGGGUACCAGUCACCUGGAUUGAGCCACAGUCACUUGAGUCACCAAAGUGUCUCUUUGGGUGGACACUCGGCUCAAGGUACCUACUCCGUGCCCAGCAUAGCUCAUCUGGGAAGCGGCGGAAGUAGCAACGCACUAUUUGCUCCAGCGAAAACAGGUCCCGUUACUUUCGGAGCCCAUGGUGGCAGUGCCGCAAGUACUUCCAGUUCCAACUCGCACAACGCGCCGGUCUACGCUACCAAUGGCCACGGACUCUCGGCUUACAGCAACGGAGGAUCUAACGUUGGUUUUCAGCUCGUACUGGGAUCGUCAAACCAACAACAUGGUCUAUCAUUGGGCUCAUCGGGCGCCUCGUCAGGCUACAGUCUUCCUACUCAUUCCGCAUCUUCAAGUUCUUCGCACCCCGUGACAGGUGGCCUGAUCAUCGCUAGCGGUUCGCACGGCAGCCCCUCCAGCUACAGCCUCCCGUCUACAUCUUCUCACGGCAUCUCUACCCUUGGUAGCUCUUCGGGUACUCAAGGAGCCACUUAUUCUCUUCCGAUUAGCUCAGGAUCUCACGGAAUCUCUUCAUUGUCCUCUGGUGCUGCGUCGUCCAGUUAUCCCGUUACUUCAGGAUCUUCCAGCACUCAUUCCGGAUUUUCGUCCGGUGGUUCCAACUAUCAGCUACCAAUCACUUCAGGAUCUCACUCGAACUCGGGAUCGUCCAACACCAUCACGUACACGAAUUAUCUGCCGUCUCAUUCGUCCGGUAGCAGUACCAGCUAUUCUAGCCCCAGUGCCUCUUAUGCGAGUCCGAGUAUCAGUCAUGUGGGUUCUUCCAGUUCCGGCUACUCCGGCGCUGGUCCCAGCUAUACCCUCAGCGCAAAUUACGCAGCAGCUUCCAGUUCCAGCCCCGUCGUAACUUACACCGGAAGCCACGGCUAUACGCCCACAAUAUAUAGCUCGUCCAGUUCCCACGGGACAUCCGCGGAUUCGCAAGGCACUCAUACUGGCGUAAGUCCGAGAUAUAUCGGAUACGUUUCCGAGAAAACUGUAAAUGCGGACUUAGGUGGCGCAAAGUAUGACACGAUUUCGUACUCAGUUCCAAACGGAAAAUAUUAAUUUAUGUUUUGUAAAUCUUUCUGCGUCCCGACACAUUGUCAGGAUUCGAUAACAGCUUAGGAUUAUGAUUUCAAGAUCCAUGUUUGGAUCUCGACGAAUGAGUAAUUAAACGCCGAAUCCAUCUAAUUAUCUAAUCUUAUGCUGACUCGGUCUUGCCAUGAAAAAUAGCAAUAGUAUUUCUCAAGUAGAAAACCAUGUAUGUUGUUGAGAUACAAUAGAAUAAAUAUUUAUAUUUAAAUUUUCUACUGUAUGAUCUAUAUCUAGGGACAGAAAUCUCUGUACUGUAAUUGUACUCAAAUACCUAAUUGUUAUCUAUAUUUA